GUCAGAGGGAGAGCUGACGAAGCACAUCCUCAAAUGGGGCUCUCUACCGGACCAGGAGACCCGAAGGUGGUUUAGGCAGAUACUACGUGCAGUACAGUACUGCCACAGCAACAGCAUCGUGCACAGAGAUAUAAAGGACAACAACAUCCUGGUCGAUGGCAGGGGAAAUGCCAAGUUGAGUGAUUUCAGCUUGGCAGUUAAACUCCAACCCGGGGAGAAGAUACUAGAUUUCUGUGGCACCCUGCCCUACUGUGCCCCCGAACUCUUUGGCACAGAGCCAUACGAUGGCUAUCCAACAGACGUCUGGAGCCUGGGAGUGCUCCUCUUCGUUAUGGUCUCCGGAUACUUACCAUUCGGAGGGUCUUCUGAUGGAGAAUUGAUGCUGCAGGUCCAGGCUGCUGACGUCACCAUUCCCAGUCACGUCUCCCUUGAUGUUUCCGAUGUCAUUGCUGAACUGCUGGCCGUCCACCCUGGCAGAAGGCCCACUGUCGACCAAAUCCUGGUGCACCCGAUGGUCAGGGAUGGUGAGGCACGUUCACCACCAAGCUGCAGACAGACGCUGGAAGGCCCAUCCGGCCCAAGCAUUGUCAGGGCCAUGAAGAUUAUGGGGUAUGAACCUGAGAAAAUCAGCCAGUCUCUCAGAUACCAGAAAUACGACCAGGUCAUGGCAACAUACCUGAUUCUGCAGCACCAGGCACCCUGGGGAGACUGGCAUGACCAUCGGGGAAAGAAAGUUCUGGCAGGCAGGUGUUUCUGUCACCCUGGCAGAUCCUCACGCAUUCCCUGUGCCCGAAAGAAAGCUUCUGAGCCUGUUUUUCCCAACUUUGACUCCCCACCUGAGCCCCAGGAGGAGGAGGAGGAUGAAAAGAUCUCCAAACAGGGUGCUAGAAGGCAUAGCAUGCCUGCCAUCCUGCGCUGCCAACACAAGAGGACCCACCCCCAACACCUAUACGAUCAGGAUUCUGAUGGUUCCUUUCUCAGCAGCAGUCCAGACAUCAGUGACAACUAUUCCAACAUGGCGUCCUAUGGCAGCCUGGCUAUAGACCAGGUGGAGGACGAGGUGGAGGAGGAGGAGGUCUGCCCCGCACUCACCCGGGUCUGCCCCGAACGCGCCCAGCUCCCGCGCAGCCCCCGCGGCUUCCCCUGCCCAGCCUCGCAGGUGUCACGAGCGGUACCUGCGCGGAGUGUUCAGCUGCCGCUGCUGCUCGUCGCCUUCGUCCUAGUCCGUCUCACAGUCGGGGUGGCAGUAGCAUGUAAGCCCCCGUCGGCAGAAGCAGAAGCCGCGGGCCGCCUCAGCACCCUCGCCGGACCCGUAGGCCGCUCAGCGCGCCCCGCGGGCCGGAGCACCCGGCUGCUCAACGUACCCGUGGCUACGGCGCCUAGGAGCGUGGAGGGGCCGCACAGUCUCCUCCUCGGCCGCCGCGCGAGCAACCCCAACCUUCGCCGGGAGCGCCGCUGCCUCCGUCCUACGACCCACCCGCUCCGCUGCCGGCUGCUUAUACGCAACCUCGACCCAACGCCUACGCAAGGGAGCUCUCAGAGCGCGCGCGCAGAGCCUCCGGAAGGGACGGGCCAGAGCGAGCGGUUGCGCAUGCGCGGGCCCUGGCACCGCCCCCGCGGGCCUGGCACGCCCCCCGAGGGGCCUGGUACUGGCACGGCAACCGGGGGGCCUGGCACUGGCACGCCCCCGAUGGGCCUG